AUGUCGUUAGCGUUGGUCGUACGUGAAAAUAAAAAACUCGUUGUCGAGACACUCGAUAUACCUAAAUAUGGGCCAAAGGAUCUGUUAAUCAAAGUCACUCAUGUUGCACAGAAUCCUACCGACUGGAAACACGUUCACUUUGAUUUGGCUAAACCUGGUUCUAUUGUCGGUUGUGAUUUUGCUGGGGAAGUUGUUGCUGUUGGUGAUGCAGCUGUAGGAAAUUAUAUACAAGGCGAACGUGUAGCCGGUUGUGUUCAUGGUGGUCUCGAUCCUAAAUUUGGCAUUCGCGGGUCAUUUUGCGAAUAUAUUGUUCAAGAGGCAUCGCUCGUCUUUCGUUAUCCAUCAAUGAUGAGUCCUGAAGCUGCUACAACACUUUCACUUGCGUGUAUUACAGCAGCCUUAGGUCUCUUUCACAAACUAGGCCUACCUCUACCACCUGCGACGUGCGGAGCAUCUGUUUUAGUUUGGGGAGGAAGUACAAGCGUCGGUCAAUACGCUAUUCAACUAGCCAAAGCAGCAGGUUGCUUUGUGGUAGCGACAGCAUCGUCAGCUCGUCAUGAGUACUUGAAAGGACUCGGCUGUAAUGCUUGUUUCGAUUACAAAGAUCCAAAUGUAGUAUCACAAAUCAAACAAGUCACAAACGGUACUUUGGCAUACGCUAUCGAUUGUGUUUCGGAAGCCGAAUCAAUUCGACGAGUGUGUGCAACACUGACCGGUAAAAAUCCGCAGGUAGCCACUGUCCUACCUGGCUUACAGAACGAAAUUCCAUCUCACAUCAAAGAGCACGGUAUUUUGAUGUACACAAUCUUCGGACGUCCAAUGAACGUCUUUGGUCUAGACUUCGAUGCGGUUCCUGAAGACAAAGCAUUUGCCGAGAAAUUCUACCGACUUCUUACCAAUGUCUUAUUACCUCGAGGUCUAGUAAAACCGAACAAAGCAACUAAACUGCCCGGUGGACUCAGUGGAAUCGAAGAAGGAUUCAAAAAAAUGAUGGAGAAUAGAGUAGCAGCUGAAAAGCUCGUCUACGCCAUUGCUGAAACAACGAAACCAUAA